UUUAUCAAUUAAAAAUAAAUUUACAAUGGUUUUUGAAAAUGUAGUUGCGGACUUGCUCAAUCGUUUUUUGGGUUCUUACAUUGACAAUUUAAAUGCUUCUCAAUUAAAUAUUGGAAUUUGGGGAGGAGAUGUUAAAUUAAAUAAUUUGGAUAUUAAAGAAACAGCUUUAGAUGAUCUUGACCUUCCCGUUAGACUUAAAUUUGGCUAUAUUCAAAGUCUUGUACUUAAAAUACCUUGGAAAUAUCUUUAUACUGAACCGACUAUUGUUAAUAUAAGUGAAAUUUACAUGAUAAUUGUGCCUAACCAAGGAAUUGUUUAUAACGAAGAGAAGGCUAAGAAAAAUGAACAGGAGGCGAAGCAAAAGAAACUGGCUAGACUUGAAGAAAAUAGACGAAAUAAACUUAAACAAAAUGUCCAAACAGACGAUACUUUCACUGAAAAAUUGGUUGCACAAGUUAUUAAAAAUUUGCAGAUUCGAAUAAAACGAGUUCAUUUACGUUAUGAAGACAAAUUUUCUAAUAGAGGAAGGCCUUUUGCUACGGGAGUGACUCUGGAUUCUCUUAACUUUCAGACGACUGAUGAAAACUUCCAGUUGACAGUUCAAAAAGAAGCCGUUAAAAUAUUUUACAAGCUCGUCUCGAUGAAUCACUUAAGUAUUUAUUCUAAUGCUGGAUCUACCCUUAUUUCUGAUUUGUUUGAUAAAAAAGAAAUUACAAAAGCAUUGUGUAAUUCUAUUUCUACUGAUACUAGUCGGCCUGAAGGAUAUAAAUAUGUACUUGAACCCUUAUCUCUAAAUGCCAAAUUAAAAUUAAAUCAAAAACCUGAAACUGACGGUUCUGACUGGACUAUUCCAAAAGUUGAUUUAAUUUUACAAUUGGAGAAACUUGCUUUGGCUAUUGGAAAAUUUCAAUAUCAAGACUUUCUUUUAUUUUUGGAGGCACAAGAAAGAUUUAAUUUGUCAGCACAAUAUUUUAAAUAUAGACCAAAUUUGAUUGAAUAUAAAAAUCAUUACAAGGAAUGGUGGAAAUUUGCUUACAAUUGUAUACUUCAUGAACAUGUUAAACGACGUCGAAAUAAUUGGUCUUGGGAAAGGAUGAACAAACAUAGACAAAUGGUUCGAGAUUAUAAGGAAGCUUGGAUUGUUUUUAGAACGGAGAAGAAUCCAAAUGAAUUGGUUAAAAAGACGAUUGAGAACGUAGAAGAGACUCUCGAUGUUUUUAACCUUAACAUUGCUAGACAACAAGCAGAAUUUGAAAUUGAUAGACGUGAUGAUUUAAUACGUGUUGAGGAUCAAAAACAGGAGGGAUGGGUUGGUUGGGCUAAAAGUUGGUUUGUUGGAAGUGGCAAAAAAGCAGAGACGGAACAGACAGAGGCUGAUGCAAAAAUUAUGGAAAAAAUUGAACAAGCUGUUACACCAGAAGAAAAACAAAAAUUAUUUGAAGCUAUUGACUAUCAGGAAAAUACUCCACCAACCGAUUAUCCAAAACAUUUUGUUGAAAAUCGAAUAAAUUUUGGCCUAGCAUCAGUUGUAAUUUCUUUAGAAAAUGUUCUCGAAAUGUGCUUUGCUGAUUUGACAGCAAAUUUGGAUCAUCGUCCAUCUGCAAAUGCUAUCAAGUAUAUUUCUUGUAUAAAAUCUUUUGAAAUGAAUGCCUUCCAAGAAAAUGCAAAAUCCCAAUCAAUAUUAAAGAUGACCGAUUCUAACCGGCCUUGGCUUAAAAUGCAAAUUGAAACAAAUCCUUUAAAUAAAGAUUUUGAUCAAUCAGUGGAAUUACUUGUUGCGCCUAUAAUGCUGAUGUAUCAUGCUCCGGCAGUAAAUAAAGCUUUGGAUGUUUUUAAACCUCCUGAAACUGUUCGACUUCAACAAUUGACUGCUUUGGCUAUUGCAAGAUAUGAGGAAGUUAAGGCCCGUUCUACUACAGCUUUGCAACAUAUGGUAGAACAAAAACGAAAAUUAAAAUUGGAGAUUCAAAUUGAUCCUGCUACAAUCGUUUUGUGUGCUGGAGGUGUUUUUGAUGAAGGAAAGAAUGUUUUAGUUGCAGAAUUGGGACAACUUAAUUUAAAUACAAAAUCACAAUCACCUGAAAGGGCUUAUGAAAAGAUACUUGACCCAAAAUUAAAAUCUUUGAUGGCACAAGCUUAUGAUAAUUUCCAAUUGAGCCUUUCAAAUGUACAAUUAAUUUUUGCUGAUACUUUUAAGACGUGUAUGCAAGCAAGGAAUGAUAGAUAUUCUCCAUAUCAUUUAUUAAAACCUACAAAUAUGGUUAUUGAUGUGCUUCGUUCAACAAUUGAUGAUCUUCAAUUACCCAUGUUUCGAAUGUUUGGAAAUCUACCAGAUGUAGUUUUAAUAAUUUCUGAUGAUCGUCUAGUUAAACUUCUAGAAUUAUUAAAUAGCAUUCCUAGACCCGAAUUUGAUCAAGAAGUUGUUGAUUUAUCAGCACCAAUUGAAGGAACAAAAUUGCGUGAUCGAGCAAAAAUGGUUGCGAUUAUGGAAGUUAGUGAAUUGGAUGAAAAUAUUUUGUUAAAAGACAAUGAAGAAGGAGGUGGGGAAGAAAAAAGUUCAACUUCUUCUGAAAUGAAGGGAGAGAAGAAGAGUGACUCGGAUUCUUCUACUUUACAUAGAGAAUUACAAAUUCAAUUUGAUAUUAAUUUAAGUCUUAAUGAGGUUGGUAUUGUUGUCAAUAAGAGAGACAAAGCAUUUUUGAGUGCCCAUAUUUGUCGUCUUGGUUUUCAUUUAAGAAAAAGAAUGUUUGAUAUGAUUGCUAAAGCCCAUUUAGGCUCUUUAACAUUAGAAAUGCCACAAAUCGAUUCUUCUGGAAAAGCUCAAACAAUUUGUUUAAUUGAUAAUGAAAUGAGAGAAGGAGAUCAUUUGAUUGAUAUGGUUUAUAAACAGGCAACAGGCGAAAGUCCAUCCUUCAAAACUGAAUUUAAUUCAAAUGAACAGUCAAUAAAUUUUGUUUUUCAAAUUUUAAACUUUAAUUUAUACAAGGACGUUUUAAAUGACUUAAAAAAUUUCAAUGAUCGUUUACAACGCAAAUUGUCUCAAAUUAAACCCCCACAAAUUGAACAAGCUUCUCCUCAAACUGCUGGUGGUUCAAGACGUAGAACUCCCUCAAUAAGUAGUCGUUCUCGUGAAGGCUCUUUAGAUAGAAAAACGUCGGGAAAGAAGCGAUCACCUUUUAUUAAACCUGACGUUAGAUUAACAAAUAAAAAGAAAUUUGUUUUCGAUUUUCGAAUGCAUGAAAUUGCUGCAAAACUUUAUGCGAGACAAGGGGAUAUUGCUGGUGGAAUUGACCCAACAGAAGAUCCCGAUGCGAUUCUUGAAUUUUGUGCACUAAAUAUUCGAAGCUUUAAAUUGAACGGUAGUAUGGUAGAUGACGGCUCUAUGCAUGCCGAUAUCAGCUUACAAGCUUUUACAAUGGAUGAUCGAAGGAAAAAUGCAACAAUUCAUCGUUUAAUGGAUAAAAAGGACACUGAAUCGACUGAUCAAUUUGUAACAAUAAAAUAUAGUCAAAAUAACCAUGGAGAUAAAUUUGUUGAUUUAUUGUCUUCAAAAUUCUUUUUAAUGUUGGCACCAGAAUUUUUGGGUGUUCUCUCAACCUUUUUUAUUUUGAAACCUGAUGAAGAUGUUGAUGAGAAAACUGGUCCUUCCGAACUUUUUUUAACGCCAAAUAGCAGCAGUAACAAAUUGGCACUUUCCAAACAAUAUGUCUCUACUAGUUCAGUAGCUAAACAAGCAUUGGCAACUAAAGGUACUCCAGCAGAGCAAUCAACUUUUGAACCUCCUGGAACGUUGACUUUAAAUUGUAAAGUAUAUGCAAUCGAGCUUAAUGGUGUUCAACAAAUGGAUGGUGGAAUUCAACAUUUUAAAAUUUACAGCACUUAUUUUGCUAAAGAAAAGAGACAUUUAAGUAAUUACCAAAUUUUAAAAGAGGUUUGA